AAGACUGCCCCGUUAUCGAACACAUGUUAUUCUGGAAUACCACUUACUGGAGAUACACUACGGACCUUCACCGGGAAAACUUAGGUAUAGAAAUUCCGCGACUGGAGGACCUCGCUAAAACAGGCCAGCAUAGCUGGAGACAACUGGUGAAGUACAACCAGGAACUUAGGUGCGUCGGAUUCUACGAUCCUCACCGGUUCAGAGCUGAUGUACCACAGUAUCAAGCCUACCAAAAAAUCAUCGACGAACACCUAGUGAGAUCAACUUGGGUUAAACAGAUUACGGACGUCGCGAGAGCGGACAUCUGCGAGGGUAGGCCUUACUUGGCUCUGCAUUUCAGGAAUAAAACCGGAGAAGGAUGUCACUUUUUUCUUGAUGUACGGGGAUCGGAGUGUGAAGCACUAAUUCCCACCAUAUCGUACGUCGCCGAUAUUGUUACAGUCAUUGUAGUGGACUACAUGCAAAAGUUUCGCCUUGAUUGCCUUUACGUAGCACAUCCGCUAUGGUCUUACGAAAUUGUGGAUCAUCUCGCUGCCAAAAUACCAAGAAGAAACAUUUACACAUCAGCCGAUAUAUCAGCAGAAAAACACCCAGAAUUAGAGUUAUUUAAAGAAGACAUGUAUUUCCUUUCUCUCUUAGAACAGGAGAUAUGCGCAAGGUCAUCAGCGUUUAUUGGUUGUGGUAGAUCAAACUGGUCGAUUUUUGUCUGGAAGGAAAGGUUGGCAGCGGGCAGAGUAGCUUCGUACCUUUUGAAGCAAAUGCCCGGGAUACCGAAAGAACUACAAGCUCAUCUUUAGUUACCGGUUGGCGGCGCUCUGCUCCGAGUUCUAUAAUCACCUGUACUUGUUGGUUUAUCUACUCGUCGAUCCUAUGUUCCAAUUACUAUGAAAUUGUCAGGCACGUGGUCAUGUUCCCCAGGUGGCGUUCGCAGUUUUAAUAAAAAAAUGACAAUUUAAUCUUCAAAUUUGACAAUAAUUGAAUGCAUAUGGGCAUCUCCAAAUAUCUGUGAAGAGUAGGAAAUAUCUCAACUAUUUCUCGGAGUACAGUAACUAUAUGAUAACUUAUCCAACCAAAAUACAAACAUUAUCACAUCGUGACAUUUGUUUUUAUUUAUACUCCCCAAAUCGAGUCAUUGUGCGUAAGAAUUUAGAUUUUAUUGACUUGAUAGAUUUAGCAGAAUCUUAGGUGUAAAUAAUUGGCAGCGAAUUGUUGGGAAGUGAGCGUGCUGACAGGAAAGACAUUGUUUUGCAUCAAGACAACUUCGCUCACUCAUACUCACCCAUACUUAUAGUUUUCCUCGUUUUAAAUGCACUAACCAUUCAUCUAUAAAUGCAAUCUUUUGUCGGCUAUGCAGUUACUCACGCAGACCUACAUUUAAAUCAGAGGACUCAAAAAGUGUGUCUAUUGUAAGCGCCACCCAGUCAGUCCCAGGGAGUCGACUCCUUUAAGCACGUAGGAAGCAGAAUAUUAUGUUGUUAUGAAUCCAUGUGGUACGCACACAUGGUCGUACUCAAUAUGCAUAGCGCAUGUAUUGACAUGGUUGGUAUGAUUGAAGCCCCACUGCGUCGUGUUCGAUACCAGUCCAGGGAUUGUAUACAACGGAAAUGUUUAUUUACACGAAAUUACGACACACACACACACAUACACACACACACACACACACACACACACACACACACAUAAACACACACACAGCGUCA